AUGACUGAAGAAAGAAAGUUGCGCUACGUCAUGCGAGGUGUCAAAGAGCAGUUCUUCGCUGGACUUGUGCGGAAUCCACCAGUCACCGUCGCUGACUUCAUCAAAGAGGCUACGGCUAUUGAGCGGGCCCUUCAUCAGAGACGCAGACACUGGCCGACGCUCCUUAGUUCACUGGCGGCACCGGCAUUUGGCUGCCGCUUCUCCUCCGCGACACUCGAGAGUUUGUCUACUCCCUUCAUGUUUCCGAUGGCAGAAAACAACGGUCAUGGUCACUUCGUCAAGCCGUUCCAUCUUGAUGCUCGGAUCGCCGACUAUGUGGCCAACCACAGCGGUCGGCUGAACCCGGUUUUGACAAAACUUUGCCAAAGGACACAGAUGAUGCCUCUUGCUGACAUGAUGAGCGAUACGUCUCAGUUGCAACUCUUCCAGAUCCUACUCAAGGCUACGGGGGCCAGGUAUUAUUUGGAAAUAGGCGUAUAUACAGGCGUGAGCGCAUUAGCCGUUGCCCUCGCACUUCCACCAGAUGGGCGUGUCAUUGGGUUGGAGACUAACGAGGAAACCGUCAACAUUGGGAGGCCCUUCUGGAAAGAGGCUGGGGUCGACGGCAAGAUUGACAUCGUCAUUGGUGACGCCAAGAAGUCUCUUGUGGGCUUAGGAAACGCAGAGAUGGCCCGAAGUUUCUCGGGAUCCGGAGGCAUGCCAUCGUCGGACACAAUGUGGCCAACGGUCAUCAACUUGCAGGUACAGCGGGAGAAGCUCAUGGGCUCUGAGAAGGUAUUAUCACGUCUCGAAGGAGCAUGUCAUUGA